GUCAGAUACAAGACAUAGCCCACACACCAUUCAUUGCUGGCUUUCCCUGUUUGAGAUUGUACAGCUAGGAGGUCUAGGGAUUUUGAGCAAUGCAGCUGAUCAGUGUGAUAGCAGUUUACCUGCUGGGAAAUGUCGUAAUGCAGAGCAGCGCGCAUAUAACCAGAAUGACCAAACGGCAGGCAGGGUUGAAAGCGGUGCAGUCCCACUCUCCGUUAAACUCGCAGGCCGACUACCCCAACAACCCCAUCAUGCUGGAAUCGCCAAGAAGCUUUGCAUUGCCGAAUCAGCUUCGCGGGAUGCGUUCUAUCGACGAAUAUAUUGUCGGAGGGUAUAACAACUCGGGAGGUUACGACAGAGCCUCGGUGCAGACGGACGGGACUGUGAUUCUGGAGUACGACAUGAAGAUAACCAACACGGAGUACAGGGCCUACUACCACGGCAACGACAACUCAUUGGUACAAAGUGCGACAUCGUGGAUUUCCGGAAACCGACGAUUCAGACGGAAAGCUUUGCUUAGACCGGGUUCUCACUGGCCUGGUGCGAUCAUUCCGUACCAGAUUACUAAAGAUUAUUCACAAGACGACAUUGAGAUUUUGAAACAGUCUAUGAAGGCGUGGGAGGAUCGCACGUGCAUCCGGUUUGUCCCCGCGCAGCCGCAUCACAGGAAUAUUCUCAGACUUCAAAGUGAGAGAGGCUGCAAUUCGUUUAUUGGAAUGGUCGGUGGCAUACAACAACUCAAUCUAUCCAAAAGUUGUAGAGUGAAACACGUCGUCACGCACGAGCUGGGUCACGUGAUCGGCUUGAUCCAUGAACACCAGCGGCCAGACCGGGACAGCUAUCUGAAAAUCUUAACCAAAUAUGUCGCAGCCAAGAACUUGAAAAACUUCCGCAAGUUUCGCCCAGAGAGAGUGACGAGCUUCGGCGUCAAGUAUGACUACACAUCUAUCAUGCACUAUGGAAAGAAGGCAUUUUCUAAAGGUGGCAAGUUUACAACCAUGGUGACACUAGACUCCAGAUUUCAGGACGUGAUUGGGAAAGCUAGAAAGAUUUCCUUUUCUGAUGCGAAGGUCGUUAACUUGAUGUAUGACUGUGCAGGAGCUUGUAUGUAUGUGAACUAUCAUUGCACCACGGGAUACAUGGACCAUACCUGUCGGUGCGUCUGUAGAGACGGCACUCAAGGUUGCGUUCAGUCAUUGCAGCCAGUAGAGAAGAAACCCGUCAACCUGCCACUAUCACAGAUCCUGCGCUAUCUGAACCUCGUAAGCACGGAUGAUGACGAAGGCAAAUGGAGUUUUUCUAGCAUGACAGACUUCGGAUAUAAGAGACACGCAAUGAGCCACAAUCGAAUCAUCGAUUAACAACGUCACAGACAACUAUUCAGUGAGUCAUUGAGUAACAACGUCACAGACAACUAUUCAGUGAGUCAUUGAGUAACAACGUCGCAGACAACUAUUCAGUGAGUCAUUGAGUAACAACGUCACAGACAACUAUUCAGUGAGUCAUUGAGUAACAACGUCACAGACAACUAUUCAGUGAGUCAUUGAGUAACAACGUCACAGACAACUAUUCAGUGAGUCAUUGAGUAACAACGUCACAGUCAACUGUUCAGUGAGUCAUUGAGUAACAACGUCACAGACAACUAUUCAGUGAGUCAUUGAGUAACAACGUCACAGACAACUGUUCAGUGAGUCAUUGAGUAACAACGUCACAGACAACUAUUCAGUGAGUCAUUGAGUAACAACGUCACAGACAACUAUUCAGUGAGUCAUUGAGUAACAACGUCACAGUCAACUGUUCAGUGAGUCAUUGAGUAACAACGUCACAGUCAACUGUUCAGUGAAUCAUUGAGUAACAACGUCACAGACAACUGUUCAGUGAAUCAUCCAUUAACAACGUCACAGACAACUAUUCAGUGAAUCAACCAUUAACAACGUCACAGACAACUAUUCAGUGAAUCAUUGAGUAACAACGUCACAGACAACUAUUCAGUGAAUCAUCAAUUAACAACGUCACAGGCAACUAUUCAGUGAAUCAUCAAUUAACAACGUCACAGACAACUAUUCAGUAAAUCAUCAAUUAACAACGUCACAGACAACUAUUCAGUGAAUCAUCAAUUAACAACGUCACAGACAACUAUUCAGUGAAUCAUUGAGUAACAACGUCACAGACAACUAUUCAGUGAAUCAUCAAUUAACAACGUCACAGGCAACUAUUCAGUGAAUCAUCAAUUAACGACGUCAUAGACAACUAUUCAGUGAGUCAUCAAUUAACAACGUGACAGACAACUAUUCAGUGAAUCAUUGAUUAACAACGUUACAAAAUUAGUCAGUGAAUCACUGAUUAACACUUCGCAGACAACGAUUCAGUGAAUUAUAAAUUGACAACGUCACAUGCAACUAUUCAGUGAAUCUUCAAUUAAGAACGUCACGGAACUAUCCAGUGAUUCAUUGAUUAACGACGCCACAAAUCUAUUCAGUGAGUGAUUGAUUAACAACGUCACAUAACUAUUCAGUGAAUAAUUCAUUAACGGCGUCGCAAAUAUAUUCAGUGAAUCAUCGAUUAACGACGUCACAUAACUAUUCAGUGAAUCAUCGAUUAACAAUGUCAGGGAAUUAUUCAGUGAAUCAUUGAGUAACAACGUCACAUAACUAUUCAGUGAAUCGUCGAUUAACAACGUCACAGCCAACUAUUCAAUUAAUCAUUGAUUAACAACGUCACGGAAUUAUUCAGUGAAUCAUUGAGUAACAACGUCACAGAACUAUUCAGUGAAUCAUUUAGUAACAAUGUCACAGAACUAUCCAGUGAAUCAUUGAGUAACAACGUCACAGAACUAUUCGGUGAAUCAUUGAGUAACAACGUCACAUAACUAUUCAGUGAAUCAUUGAAUAACAACGUCACAUAAAUAUUCAGUGAAUCAUUGAGUAACAACGUCACAUACUAUUCAGUGAAUCAUUGAGUAACAACGUCAUGGAACUAUUGAGUGAACCAUUGAGUAACAACGUCACAGAACUAUUAAGUGAAUCGUCGAUUAACAACGACACGGAAUUAUUCAGUGAAUCAUUGAGUAACAAUGUCACGGAAUUAUUCAGUGAAUCAUUGAGUAACAAUGUCCCGGAAUUAUUCAGUGAAUCAUUGAGUAACAAAGUCACGAAAUUAUUCAGUGAAUCACUGAGUAACAAUGCCAAAGAACUAUUCACUGAAUCGUCGAUUAACAACGUCACGGAAUUAUUCAGUGAAUCAUUGAUUAACAACGUCUCGGAAUUAUUCAGUGAAUCACUGAGUAACAAUGUCAUGGAAUUAUUCAGUGAAUCACUGAGUAACAAUGCCAAAGAACUAUUCACUGAAUCGUCGAUUAACAACGUCACGGAAUUAUUCAGUGAAUCAUCGAUUAACAACGUCACGGAAUUAUUCAGUGAAUCAUUGAGUAACAAUGUCAUGGAAUUAUUCAGUGAAUCAUCGAGUAACACUGUCACGGAAUUAUUCAGUGAAUCAUCGAUUAACAAUGUCACAGACAACUAUUUAGUGAAUCAUUGAGUAACAAAGCCACGGAAUUAUUCAGUGAAUCAUUGAGUAACACUGUCAAAGAACUAUUCACUGAAUCGUCGAUUCACAAUGUCACGGAAUUAUUCGGUGAAUCAUUGAUUAACAACGUCACGGAAUUAUUCAGUGAAUCAUUGAGUAACACUGUCAAAGAACUAUUCACUGAAUCGUCGAUUAACAAUGUCACGGAAUUAUUCGGUGAAUCAUUGAUUAACAACGUCACGGAAUUAUUCAGUGAAUCAUCGAUUAACAACGUCACGGAAUUAUUCAGUGAAUCAUCGAUUAACAAUGUCAGGGAAUUAUUCAGUGAUUUUUUAGUAACAAUGUCACACAAGUAUUCAGUGAAUCGUUGAGUAACAACGUUACACAAGUAUUCAGAGAAUCAUUGAGUAACAAUGUCAGGGAACUAUUCAGCGACUCUUUCGACGUUCUGUAAAUAUAUUCAGGAAUAUUUAAGUGAUUACCCAUAUAGGGAUCAGCAGGGUUUUGGGCUUAUGCAUAUGCAUGUUUAUGGAAUCAUGGUAUACUUAAACAAUUAAAUUUCACAUGUUAGUAAUAAG